CAUGACCACUGCAACCAUCUAAACCCUGCCUCAUAAAAAUCCCAAUUUCCAAAACCCUAAUCGAAUCCAUCGCAAAUCGCCAUGAGACCUCUCGACGAGAACGAGACGGUCGCCGUCUUCAACAAGCUCCACAAAUUCGUGGGCAACAACCUCAAAAACAUCGUCCUCGAGUCCCAGGCGCACGAGGGCCCCGAGACGAACCCGGGCCGCUACUGCUUCCGAAUGCAGAAGAACCGAGUCUACUACGUCUCCGAAUCGCUCGUCAAGCGCGCCACCAACGUCAAGCGCGACAAGCUCGUCUCGCUGGGGACGCAAAUCGGCAAAUUCACCAAGAGCGGCAAGUUCCACCUCACGGUCCAGUGCCUCAACCUGCUAGCGGCGAACGCCAAGCACAAGGUCUGGCUGAAGCCGACGUCGGAGACGAAAUUCCUGUACGGGCACAGCUUGAAGAAGGACGGGGUCGGGAGGAUUACCGAGGGCAUUCAGGUGAACAACGGCGUGGUUGUUUUCUCGAUGUCGGAUGUGCCGCUGGGAUUUGGGGAUGCAGCGAAGAGCACGGUGGAUUACCGGAAGAUGGACCCCAAUGGGAUCGUUGUGCACCACCACGCCGAUAUUGGGGAGUAUUUGAGGAUGGAGGAUGAUCUCUAGCUCUGAUUAUGAUAUUCAUGAUCUUUUUUUGGGUAAUAUAUUUUUGUGUUGGAAGAUAUUGAUUAGUGUUUGAUAUCUUUUGUUUAUUUGGUUACUACUCCUUAAUACUAAUUGGGAUGACUUCUUCCACUUUGUUUUUGGUAUUAUAAGUUCUUUAUAAUUAAUGAGUUCUUACUUGUA